UCCAAGAUGGCGGCCGGCGUCUGCGGCGGGGACCCUGUGCCCAGGCACAGGCGCCCUUUGCGGCGAGGGGCAGAGUCCCGCGAUUCCCUGCUGCCGCAGCCGCCGCUCGGGGGCGUCGGGACGGCCGAAGAGUCUGCAGGUGUAGAAAACAGGAAUAAGCCUCUUAACAGACUGAAUAUUCAUUCUGCAUUCUGGAUUUUGGCAUCAAUUGCUGGGACAUACUACUUUGAUUUUUUUAACACUGUUAAACAAACUAUUGAAGCAGAUAGCUGGUGGUUUGCCUCUGGCAGCUGUUUGCUGGCUGCAUGUUUAUCUGUUGCCUUGUACUGCAUACUAUAUCUUGAGUGGUAUCAUGGAAUUGAGGACUAUGACACAAAGUACCCAGCCCUGAUACCAAUCACUACAGCUACCUUUAUUGCAGCAGCAGUUUGUUUCAACGUUGCCUUGUGGCCUGUCUGGUCGUUUAUGACACCUGUGUUGCUCUUCAUUCAGUUUAUGGGUGUUGUGAUGUUUGUGUCACUCCUGGGCUAAGUCAUUCAGCAAUAAAGAGGCUGAUUCUACCUUAAAUGCUAUGAGUCACACACAGGUGGGGAGAUAAAAUCACAUUUUCU